UUUAAAGUCCACCAGAUCCUCUGAUCCUGGGAGAGGAGAUUGUAUACAUUUUCGUAUAACACAUUCUCGACCUUGGGAUCUUGGAUCGCGGCUCUUGAAAACGGGACAACAUGAUGGUCCAGAUUUCUGUGCUGGCAGUCGCAGCCGGCCUCUUAUCAUCACAGUCGCUCGUGGCGGCGAUCACUGCAUCUGAGAUACCCGAUGAUGUUCCAAUUUCCUCACUGCUCAAUUCGGCCAAUACCCACCUGGCGAUGGGCCAGACAAGCGAUGCUUUGACAUACUACGACGUUGCUAUCUCGCGCGACCCGAGCAACUACCUUACCUUCUUCAAGCGUGGCGCCACAUAUCUCUCGCUGGGGCGAACAACUCAGGCGCAAUCCGACUUCGAUAAGGUCCUGACUAUCAAACCUGGGUUUGAAGGGGCUCUUAUACAGCGUGCCAAGAUAAAGAGCAAAAGCGGCAACUGGGAUGCGGCGAAGGAAGACUAUUUGGCCGCGGGGCGCACCGGAGCUGAGGUCACAGAACUAGAAGAGGCAGAAGGGGCAUCAAAGUUGGCUGUGGAUGCCGAGAAACGGGCAGACUACGAUGAGUGUAUUGCCCAGGCUGGAGUGGCCAUAAUGGUCGCCAAUAAAAACCUCGCAUUACGAAAGCUUCGAGUUCGAUGCCGCUUCGAGCGGGGUGAGGUACAGGAGGGAAUAAGUGACCUUGCCCAUGUGUUGCAGAUGCAACCAGGCGAUACAGAUCCUCAUCUCCAAAUAUCCUCAGUGCUGUUUUACUCACUUGCCGACACUGAGAGGGGAUUGACCCAAAUACGGAAAUGUCUGCAUUCAGAUCCAGACUCGAAGACUUGCACAAAACUUUACCGACGACAGAAACAAAUCAACAAACAGCUUUUAAAGAUUAGAAGGUUAUUCGAAAAGAAGUCUUUCAGCACCGCAGCAAAGUAUCUUGCUGGGAGUGAAGAGGAUAUAGGCCUUAUCCAGGAGAUAAAAGAAGAAGUCGCAGAAUUGAGGGAGGCCAACACCAUCCCCGCAAAAGCUCCAAGUAAUCUUUACACCGAGAUGGUCGAGAUGGCGUGCGAAGCUUAUGGAGAGGUGAAAAGUAAGAAGGCGUCUAUUUAUUGCACAGAGGCGCUAGAACUGAACGAGCAUUCACUCCACGGACUUCUUGCAAAAGCUCAGCAGUCUUGUGACGAGGAAAAUUAUGAGGCAUGCAUCAAUACUCUCAACCUUGCAAAUGAGCAUCACCCUGGUAAUCAAAGCAUCCAGUCCAAGCUCCAGGCUGCUCAGAUAGCAUUGAAGCGUAGUAAGGAGAAGGAUUAUUAUAAGGUGCUUGGCCUGCCCAAAGAUGCAGAUGAACUUCAAAUCAAAUCUGCCUACAGACGGAAGACGAGAGAGCAUCACCCGGAUAAGGCUAUACGAAAUGGAGUCACAAAGGAAGAUGCGGAGAAGAGGAUGGCGUCGAUCAACGAAGCAUACGAGGUCCUCAGCGACCCUGAGCUGAAGGCAAGGUUCGAUCGCGGUGAUGACCCAAACAGUCAUGAAAGCAGACAAGGAAACCCAUUCCAACAUGGCAAUCCAUUCGAAGGGCAACAACAAUUCUUCCACCAGCAGGGAUCACGAGGCGGAGGUCAAUUUCAGUUUCAAAAUGGCUUUCCAUUCGGCUAACGGAAUGGGUCGGGAGGGUCUGUGAAGGAAAGGGAAGGGAAGGGAAGGGAAGGGAAAUAUGGCGUUCAUCUGUAAUAGGGAGAGCAUCUGUAAUAGGGAGAGAGAAAGACCAUGUACAGUAAAUAGAUAUUGUUUUCCAACCAGGCGCGACCAACCCUAGGGAAGUAAAGACCAGUGCUUUAUUUAUACCUCAAGCAGUAAUCUCAAAGGUUGGGUUAUCCAAUGUCCUGUAUCCGGUGCGCAGGUUAUAAAAUAAUUGCAUGGCGAUACGGGUAUAUACGUUGUAGG